AUGGGUUUCGUAGAUCGUGGAGGAGGACGCGAGUCGAAGGGUGGCACUCUUCGUCGAUCAAAGAAAAAUCCCGGCGCAUCAGCCGCACGAAAGGCCUCAGCGGCAAAGCAGCCACAACAUGCCACACGUAUCCCACCGACGAUGCCGCCUUUUACAAAUGAGACGCCGCAUAUUGACGCCGCAGUAGCGAUAUUGGCUCGUAAACUAGAAGCGGACCGUGGUGUGCUUAUGGCAAGGGCAUCGCAGGAAAGUGGAGUAGCCGCUAUUUUAACGUGGUGUGCAGAUUUUGAGCGACAGGAGGCGCUUUUGGAUCUUUGUCGUCAACACAAUGCCACCACCACGACAUCAACAACAGGAGGAGGAUCUAAUGCUGGUAAUGGUAAUAUGUACUGUGUUGUGGGAGUACAUGUGAAUAACGUGGAUCGUAUGCAUAAGAAGGUGCAACAGAAUUGGGUGGAGAGUGUUGCAGCAUGGGGAAAGCAGCCAGUUGUCUUGGGAAUACUUUCCGGAAUUAAUCUCGAGCGUGAUAGUGGUACACACUUUGCACAAGAGUGGCUGCUGGAGCAACUCUGGUACACAGCUGGUGCAUUGCAACUCCCACUCGUUCUACACCUCUGUCAUGAGACCUCUACUAGCGGUAAUAAUAAUAAUAAUAAUAAUAAUAAUAAUAAUAAUAAUAAUAAUAAUAAUAUUGGUAGUAGUAAUAGUAUUGAUAUUAGUGGUACUAUUGCUGAUAAUGUAACAGAUUCCAAUCCAACAGUAGAUCGUGCUGCAGAUUUACUUUCGGAUUUAAUGUCUCGCAAAGAUGAUGAAGAUAAUAAGAAGGAUGGUGAUGGUGAUAGUCAAAUAAAUACAAAAAAGAAACCCACUGCCAUUGUUCUAUACAAUGGUGUUGGUGCAGUUGCCUGUUCAUCUGCGAUGAGAACACUUCUUAAGCGUUGUGUUCCAUCACAAAAUUCUACGGAAGCAACUACAGAGAAUGUAGAAAAUGUAGAUCCCAUAGUUCCUAUUUACGUUAUUGCCACAGCUGAAGGUCUCACAGAUGGAGAAAAUAAAAAUCAACCUACUGAUAAAGAAUUUAAUGUCAUAUCAACAAGUAAGUCAUCUUUUUCUGUGGCAUUGCGGGAUCACAUUGCACUUUCACAACUUCUUAUAGGUACAGGAGCUCCGUGGAAUACUCCACAGAACAUUCCUGAUGAACACAUACGUACAAUGCCUAACGAACCAGCUAAUUACCGUUAUGUCGCUACUGCUAUAUAUGAAGUACUUACUAAUGGGUCACCAGAUCAUCCUUUGAAAAUAGAACAACUUUAUUCUACCGUACGUGAUAAUUUCCUUCGUGCCUUUUUUAAUGCAGAUACUUCUAAAUAUCAACAACAAGAAAAAGAGGAAGAAGAAGAAGGUGAAAAAGCGGAAGAGGGAGAGAAGGAAGAAAAAGGUAAAACGGAGGAUUUAACAGGCUCAGCGGUAGUUCCCUCUGCCCCUCUUCCCAGAGUUCACUUUGAUCCGCAGAUUACCGCUGCACUUGAUAACGUACAUGUGAGUGGAGAUUCUACGCGUUACUUCCUCUGUUUCAAGUGCCGUCGUAGACUUUUUAAUGAGGCUUCUCUCCUAACGCAUCAGCCAGACGCGGUUCGUGUGAACUUUGGCGGUCGUCACAACCGCAAGGCAGGGGGCAACAGUGCGAAUCACAACGACAACAACAAUGGUCGUAGUAAUAUGGGUGAGGCCUGUGAAAGUGUGUUGUUUGUGCCUCUAACGGAAGAUGUGGAUGGUGAUUGGCUCGUGGACGGUGGCGGAGUUGUGGUGGAGCGGCGAAGCGGCACGGUGCGGUGCGGCGGCUGUCAUGCGAAGAUUGGAUCCGCUGGUGAGUUUGUGUGUUGUCCGUGCGGCCGCACAGUUGAGGGGCUCAGUGCCCGCGUGGCGGCCUCUAAAGUAGAGGCCCCUGUGAAGUGUGUGGAUGUUGUCUGUACUGCACAUGCGGCUGGUAAUAGUAAUAGUAAUGUUAAGAGUACUGCUGUUGGUGUUGGUGUGGCGAUGGGGAGUGGACGGGGUGAUCUCGAUGAACUUCUCGCGCAGGCCGCACGGGAGCGGCAGCAGCUGCAGCAGGAGGAAGAAGAAGAAGAGGAAGAUGACGGGGAUGGAAUGGGUAAGAAAAGGAGAAAACAGCCAAAGAAGAAUGUCAAGGCGAAUAACCGAUCAAACUUCACACAUUUUCGUAAUAAGAACUUUGCCCCACGGCAUCAGACAUUGGCUGAGACGUUGGGUGAUAUUCACACCAACCAGGAUAGCGAUAGUGAUGACAGGGAUGAUGAGAGAGAAACAGAACAGUUUAUAAGCAAACAGCAGUCGGGGAAGCGCAAGAAAAAACAAACACAACAGCGUGAAACAGUAAAAGAAUAG